GAGACUGCACCGUUCUGUUUCCAUGACUACUGGUUACUAUUGCUAGAUUGUGGAUUGCUAUUAAGACACAGUGAGGAAAAAAGAGCUUGAGAGGGAUGGGGAGUGAGGGAGAAAAAAUAGAUAAAAUGAGAGACCAGAGGAUCGGAGAGAUGGACAGUUGAGACUGUUGUCAUAACAUGGUGCUAUACAAUAUGGAGCCUACACCAGUCUACUGAGAGGAACAUACACUGCCCUCCUACUAGGGCUGGUUCUGCUGUUCAUUUUGGGCUGAAUGAUGACCCCUGGUGGUCAUUCAAUGUAAACUGUUUCAGAGUAGGCCUACUAUCCUAGUCUGAUAUAAUUGUUGUUCAGAAUGAAAUCUCUCUCUCUCUCCAGUUACCCUGCAGUGUGCGAGUUUCUACAGACCAACAACUUGUUGUCAGUCAUCAGAGCACAUGAAGCGCAAGAUUCUGGAUACCGAAUGUACAGAAAGAGUCAGACUACAGGCUUCCCCUCCCUCAUCACCAUCUUCUCAGCACCUAACUACCUGGACGUCUACAACAACAAAGCGGCGGUUCUGAAGUAUGAGAACAACGUGAUGAACAUCCGCCAGUUCAACUGUUCCCCUCAUCCCUACUGGCUGCCCAACUUCAUGGAUGUCUUCACCUGGUCCCUGCCCUUCGUUGGAGAGAAAGUGACAGAGAUGCUGGUGAAUGUUCUCAGUAUCUGUUCAGAUGAUGAGCUCAUGGAGAAUGAUGGAGAGGAAGAGGUCUAUGAUGCCAAUGCAGCGGCGGCUAGGAAAGAGGUGAUCAGGAACAAGAUCCGUGCCAUCGGAAAGAUGGCCAAAAUGUUCCAAGUUUUACGGGAGGAGAGUGAGAACGUAUUGACCCUGAAGGGACUGACACCCACUGGCAUGCUGCCCAGCGGAGUUCUGUCAGGAGGCAAGCAGACUCUGCAGAGCGCUACCAUUGAGGCCAUUGAAGCCAUUGAUCCUGAUGAGGACGCAGAAGGUACAUGCUGUGUCUGUGUGGAGUCUGGAGUCGUUAGGGCAACAGUCCUGCCUGCUCUGCUCGAAGAAGAUGGGGCAAUAGCAGAAGGGCCAAGAACGGAGAGGAGAAAAGACACCAUACAAUCAAGAUAGCAGGCAGUUGUACAGAUUUCUCAAACACGGUAGAAAGCUAACACAAUAUGAUGCCCCGUCUCCUUAUUAAUUCAGCCACUUACUGAGAUAACUAGGAAGUUAAUGGGACGCAUUAAUGCAGAAUGCUGUGAUUUUCACGCAGACAAAAACAUUAAACACAUAAGAAAUAUCUUGCUGCGUCUUGAAGACGCAGAUCUAAAGUGCUUCUUAUUGUCAUUUCUGCUCGGCAUCAGACACAUUUUGUGCUUCAGUUGCACUUCUCCACUCGGCUGACAGAGCUCUCUGAAUAAUGUGUAGCUACUUUUCUUUCUCUGGUACUUUUCCAUAUAGACUAGUUUUCUCUGUUGGUUUUCCACAUAGACUAGUUUUCUCUGGUACUUUUCCAUAUAGACUAGUUUUCUCUGUUGGUUUUCCACAUAGACUAGUUUUCUCUGGUACUUUUCCAUGUAGACUAUUUUUUCCGGUAUAAUGCAAGAUUGACUUUAAGCAAACCUUUAGGAAAUGUAGCUAGAUACAUUCUGUCUAUGAUAAACAUUAGAAAUAUGAUGGCAAUGCAUCGUUUUUUGCCCAAAAUACCUUGCUUUUUCAUUGUAAACUCAUUUACUUGUGUGGCUGCCAGACAAAUAGCAUUGUACUUCUGUUAUCAUCUGAUGAAAAUGAAGCUAUUUUCUGCUGAAUGUGUUGAACAAAAAUGUAUACUGAACAAAAACAUAAACGCAACAUAGAACAAUUUCAACUAUUUACAGUUACAGUUCAUAGAAGGAACUUCCUAGGUUUUGGCCUUUCUAGGGAGUUUUUCCUAGCC